CUGAGACAUGGGGCGAACAAAUCGAUACGUCAAAAGACACUGACCGUUCGACCCAGCACGUUCGAUGUUCUUUCUACGCUUCUUUUCAGCACGUUCGACUCAAACCGUCGACCCAGAGCCCAGAAGAUCCCAGGAUCGAACGGACGCAAAGCACAAAGGACGCCUCUUUACGUCGGGACCGUAGGGAGGGCUGUGAAUGUUUGUGAAACAGUACCCUCCAAACCGCCUGUUUGAGGGUCGAUGGAUUGUUAGGGGAGAGACAUCGAGAUCUGGCCCUCACCUUGACCAGUUGCAGUAGAGCUGUCCAGGCGCUGGCGCAGAGGGAGCCCGAGCGAGCUCUCGGGGCUCCAGGGAACACAAGCAGCACCCGCCGAAGCUGAAGUGCCAGACCAGACGGAUCCAGGCGCGGAGAUGGCGAGGCCUUCGGGGCCCUUCGAGAUGACCGCGAUUGGCACCGACCCGCGCGUGGGGCUUUGGUGGUACAUUCAUGAGUCGAAGAUUCUCCUCUUUCAGCUUCCCGGACAGCAAUGGCCUCCGUGCAGCGUUGUGCCACUGCCGAGCACCGUGGCAGCGCAGUGUGUGGCUCCUCUCACCGGGGCGGUGCAGCAGGGGACCAGCCAGAUUCGCACUCCUACGGUGGCCGUGCUUUAUGACGAUGCACAGCUCUCGGUCUUUCCCCACGGCCGUCGGGUGGAUCUACCCAAAGCCACGAACUGGCCCUUUGGAGAGGUCCCGCUGUUGAUACGGGCAGCAGCUCCACAUCCCCAUGCUGUGGGGGUAGCUUUGGUGGUCGUGACUCAGUCCGGUCGCCUGCUGUCACUCUUUUUGGCUCAAAGUGCCCAUACCUUCGAGGUAGAGGCCAGUAGAUUGUGGCCAAUGGUGUCGGAGCACUGCCUGAAGAACUUCUUCAAGAGGAUCAGAAGGUAUGGCUUUGGUGAUGUGUCUCAGGAUCGGCAUUCCCUGGAGGAUGCACAGUUCUUGGCACAUCAGAUAGAGAUUCUGCCCGCCCAGAGGCGUGGUUCUCUCUUUGACGUGCUGGCCUGGGGCGAGGAGCACUUGGCGCUGUACUCCCAUCCACGCAGCACCGCUCCAGCGGAUUUGAUGUGGGUCUCUUCACUGGCUCAUCUCGUCACGGGAGAUGUCGUACCUGGCCGCUUCUUGUCUGUGUGUUGCAACUCUGAAGCUUCGAAGGAGAAGCUGUUGGUGUUCUUCACUGGUGAGGACCCAACGAGAGGUCCAUCAGCGAUGCUCACUCGGCUGUCGCUGCCCUCGCGCGCGGCGCCACCUGAGCCGAGCCUCGCCGUGGCUUCCGUGGCCCCGAAGCCUUCGGAUGGACGGGGCCUGAUGACGGCCUUCGGAGAUGUGGCGGUCACAGCCGUUCAGGUGGAUAGCGAGCGCUAUUGCAUUUGCCUGGUGAAUAUGCCGCCUUGGCCAGCUGCUCUUCAAGCUGGUGUUCAACAGAUCGUGGAGUUCGGCAUCGCAGGACUUUCGCUGCUGCCAGAAGGCGUGAGUGUGGGUCAUAUCCAAGUUCUGACGCCUCAUGGAUUGCUGAGUUGCCCACAGGACAUGUUUGGCGGCGACAAGGAACUCGAAGGCAAAGCUCCGUCCACCGCGGACGCCUUUCUCCAGGUGGCCUCUGACUUCUUCGACGCGGGACAAGAGGAUCAGGCCUCCUCGCUCUGUGGCCGGGCCUUCUCGCAGAUGGGCGCGCAGGCCAUGCUCGCAGCCGUGGAGCGACGGACUCAGCAUUUGCUGGAUUCUGGAGAUGAGACAAACGUGGCUGCCCAACUGUCCAAGAAGUCCAAGUCGCUGGCCGAGUGGCUCCGCUUCCUGCACCAGGCUGGUGUGUGGAUCCGCAUGGGCAAUGCUCCCAACAUCACUGCGGCACAACAGAAGAUGGUGGAGGCCUGCGAGCGAAUCUCAGCUCUUCAGCAAAUGCAGGAGUACCAUGACUUGGAGCCGGACGUGUUUGCCAGCUCCAUCCAUCAUGCUUUGGAUACGAAAGGAGGCAGCAAGUCUCCUGAAGAGGAAGCGUUGGAAUUUUAUGGCCGUCCCAGUGAGUGUGAGCGCUUGCUCUCAAGCCUCGCAGAGUAUCCGCGCACCUUGCCCUUCGGCUCUGGUGGUGCCUGGGAUGCCGUGGUCUUCGUGCACGGUGUGGUCUGUGGCUUCAUCGAAGCUGCCCUCGAGCGGCGAUCACACAUUUUGAAGGCGCAUCCAACGUCCUUGCCACCUCCUGACUCGCAUCAGUUGCAGAGGUAUUGGCCCAGAUCUGCACCAAGUGUCAAAGGAGUUGGAAGUGGCUGGCUGAUGGCCCCAUCUGUGCAACGCGCACUGGAAGAGAUCCGGAGCCUGAGCUUAGAAGUGCUCCCGGUUCCGAAGCAACGACUUCCUUUGCUUGAUGCGCAGGCCUUGCGCGUGGUUGAAGGUCUUCAGCAGCUCUGCCGGAGCACCCUGCGCGCUGCACAUGCGAGCUUCGUCGAUCUCCAUGCGAGUCCCAUGGCCAAGCUGCGGGAAGCUGUUCUGAAGGACAUGGCUCAUGCAGAGGCCUCUUUGCACGAAAAUGCCAAGAUGGUGAAACACCGGACCUUGGGCUUGGCUGAGGAGUUUGAAGACGUGGAGGCCUUUGUGCGGCUGUCGGCCUGGAGCGACCUGCCGCGCUUGGACGGAAUGAUGGAAUCCGAGGCCUUCAGAAGACGGGUCUUUGAACAAUGCCUCGCUGAAAAGCCACUCCAUCCUCUCUUCUUUCGCAUGGUGCGAUGCUUUCCACCCACAAAAGCUGCUCUGGAGGAGUUGCUGUUGCCCUAUCCAGAGCUGCGGUGGACCUUGGAGCUGAAUCGCCUCAACGAGGUCGGCCAGGUGGGGAUCAGCCCAUGGCCCAAUGCCAUGCAUUCGGUCAAAGAGAUUGCCAUUAAGGCCAUGGAGAGGGGAGAUGCCAGCAAAGAUGAACAUCGCUCUAAAGCAUUGAAGGCCUUGGCGUCCAUUGCCUCGCUGGCGCAAGAGGAAUGGAGCCUCGCGUGGUGCGAUGUAGCUGAAAAAGGGUACCGAGCGGAUCAGCGCAGCGGAGGUGGAUGUGGAUGAGGAUGCCUAUCGGAAAGAGUG